CCAGCGACGAGCACAAGCCAAGUCCGUCAUCAUGUCUAACGAUCUCGAGUGGUUGCUCAUCCGCAAGUACAACUCCUUCAUUGUGAAGAAGGUCCCUGAGGGCCCAGUUUUCUCCAAGGAGCCCGGCAACCUCACGAACGUCCACUCGUACAAGUACUCGGGCUUGGCCAACUCCAAGGCCAUCGAUGUCUCGGACUCCCCCAACGGCAUCAAGAUCACCACUCGCAAGGUGAAGGCCGCGCCGAGCAAGGUCGCGUCCGCGCGCUCGACCACCACCAUCCGCCCGCGCUCCGGCCCGCGCCGCGCCCUCGGCAUCGCCGCCAGCCCCGCGAAGCGCGGCUACCGCCCAGACCUCCGCCCCGCUGUCCUCGCCCGCACCUCCGCCCUUCUCGCCGCCCAAAAGGAGCCCAAACCGUCACCCCCGAAGAAGACUCGUGGCAAGAAGAAGGCCGUGGCUGAGACCGCUUGAGCGGGUUCGCCGUUGACGUCU